UCAGCCCGGUCUAUGAAGCAUCGGCUCGGCUCCCCCGCGCACCUGCUUAAGCGCGCUCCCGCGGGCGCGGAGGGCCGCGCAGCGCCAUGGCGCGGGUGGUGCAGAAGAAGAGCCACUGGGCCGGCCGGGUGCGGCAGUGCGCCCUGAGCCGGGGGCCCGGCGGGCAGCUGGGCUUCGUGCUGCUGGGGGGCGCGGAGCACGGCGAGUUCCCCUACGCGGGCGCGGUGGUGGCGGCGGGGGGCGGCGAGGAGGCGCUGAGCGAGGGGGAGCUGCUGCUGGAGGUGCAGGGGGUGCGCGUCUCCGGGCUGCCUCGCUACGACGUGCUGGAGGUGAUCCGCAGCUGCCAGGAGCCCAUCGUGGUCAAAGCCGUCCGACAAGGAAGCAGACUGAACAAAGACCUGAGACAUUAUCUCAACCAGAGGUUUCAGAAAGGAUCGCCGGAUCACGAUCUACAGCAGACUAUUAGAGAUAACCUUUAUCGCCAUGCUGUGCCUUGCACAACUCGCCCUCCGAGAGAAGGAGAAGUGCCUGGUGUGGACUACAACUUUCUGACUGUGGAGGAGUUUCUGGAGUUGGAGCGAAGUGGGACCCUUCUGGAAGUAGGAACCUAUGAAGGUAACUAUUAUGGAACGCCCAAGCCUCCCAGCCAGCCCCUCAGUGGGAAAGUGACUUCCACCGAUGCUCUGCAAAACCUGCAGUCUGGCUCCAAGCAGUCGACUCCAAAGCGAACCAAGUCUUACAAUGAUAUGCAAAAUGCUGGCAUAGUGCACACAGAGAAUGAGGAAGAGGAUGAUGUACCUGAAAUGAGCAGUAGCUUCACAGCAGAGUCUGGUGACCAAGACGAGCAUAAUACGCAUAUCGUAAGAGAGACAGCCCCACCGUCCGUGCUUGAUAGCCACACCAACGUUCCCACCACGGAACCAUCUCAGAACCUCCCUCAAUACCUACCUCCUUCUGCCGAGGACACCCUAGGUCCUCUGCCGGAAAACUGGGAGAUGGCCUACACCGAGAACGGAGAAGUCUAUUUUAUAGACCAUAAUACAAAAACAACAUCUUGGCUAGAUCCACGGUGCCUGAACAAACAGCAAAAGCCUCUAGAAGAAUGUGAAGAUGAUGAAGAAGGGGUACACACGGAGGAACUGGACAGUGAACUAGAGUUGCCUGCUGGUUGGGAGAAAAUUGAGGAUCCCGUAUAUGGUGUCUACUAUGUAGACCACAUCAACCGGAAGACACAAUAUGAAAACCCAGUUCUUGAAGCGAAGAGGAAGAAACAGCUUGAGCAACAGCAACAGCCACCCGAAGGGAAACCUUUUUUUACGAGAAACCCUUCGGAGUUGAAAGGGAAGUUCAUCCACACUAAGCUAAGGAAAAGCAGCAGGGGGUUUGGCUUCACUGUCGUUGGAGGAGAUGAACCAGAUGAAUUUCUGCAGAUCAAAAGUUUGGUGCUCGACGGCCCCGCAGCCCUGGAUGGCAAAAUGGAAACAGGGGACGUCAUAGUCAGCGUGAACGACACCUGUGUGCUGGGGCACACUCACGCUCAAGUAGUGAAAAUCUUCCAGUCCAUCCCCAUCGGUGCCAGCGUGGACCUGGAACUGUGCCGAGGCUACCCCCUGCCCUUCGAUCCCGAUGACCCCAACACGAGCCUGGUGACGUCCGUGGCGAUUUUGGACAAAGAGCCAAUCAUUGUGAACGGGCAGGAAAACUACGACUCCCCGGCGAGCCACAGCAGUAAAACAGGGAAAGUAAACGGCACAAAGGAAGCGAGACCCAGCAGCCCGGCUGAGGUCUCCUCCAACGGACCCCACGGCUACCCCAAUGACACGGUCUCUUUGGCAUCCUCGAUAGCAACGCAGCCUGAACUGAUAACUGUGCAUAUAGUGAAAGGGCCCAUGGGCUUUGGCUUUACUAUAGCAGACAGUCCCGGCGGGGGCGGCCAAAGAGUGAAACAAAUCGUGGACAGCCCGCGGUGCCGAGGCCUGAAGGAGGGCGAUCUCAUAGUCGAAGUGAACAAGAAGAAUGUGCAGAGCCUCACGCACAACCAGGUGGUGGAUAUGCUGAUUGAAUGUCCCAAGGGAAGCGAAGUCACGUUGCUGGUGCAGCGAGGAGGACUGCCGGUCCCAAAGAAGAGCCCAAAGUCGCAACCACUUGAAAGGAAAGACAGCCAAAACAGUUCUCAGCACAGCGUCUCAAGCCACCGCAGCGGGCACACCGCUUCCCCCGUUCACAGCGCGCAGGUGCUGCCGGACUACGCCGCCACCGAGCCGCCUGCCGCGGAUCAACCGGACGGCUCUGGGCAGAAAAAGCCAGAUCCAUUCAAAAUCUGGGCCCAGUCCAGGAGCAUGUAUGAAAGCCGACUUCCAGAUUAUCAAGAGCAGGAUAUCUUUCUAUGGAGAAAGGAAACCGGUUUUGGAUUUAGGAUUCUGGGUGGAAAUGAGCCUGGAGAACCUAUUUACAUCGGUCACAUUGUACCGCUGGGUGCUGCUGAUGCUGACGGCCGCCUGAGAUCGGGCGAUGAGCUGAUCUGUGUGGAUGGGACGCCCGUUGUUGGGAAAUCGCACCAGCUCGUCGUCCAGCUUAUGCAACAGGCAGCCAAACAAGGUCACGUCAAUCUGACUGUCAGGCGCAAAGUAGUUUACACAGUUCCCAAGGCAGAGAAUGAAGUCCCGUCCCCAGCCUCAUCCCACCACAGCAGCAACCAGCCGGCCUCGCUGACGGAGGAGAAGCGAACGCCGCAGGGCAGCCAGAACUCCCUCAACACCGUCAGCUCGGGCAGCGGCAGCACCAGUGGCAUCGGGAGCGGAGGCGGGGGAGGCAGUGGCGUUGUCAGCGCCGUGGUCCAGCCCUACGACGUGGAAAUCCGCCGCGGCGAAAACGAGGGCUUCGGCUUCGUCAUCGUCUCGUCGGUGAGCAGGCCGGAGGCGGGGACGACGUUCGCGGGAAAUGCAUGUGUGGCCAUGCCUCACAAAAUAGGUCGGAUAAUUGAAGGGAGUCCCGCAGACCGCUGUGGCAAGCUGAAAGUAGGCGAUCGGAUCUUGGCCGUGAACGGGUGCUCCAUCACCAACAAGUCGCAUUCAGACAUCGUCAACCUCAUUAAGGAAGCGGGAAACACCGUUACUCUGCGCAUCAUUCCAGGAGAUGAAUCCUCCAAUGCUACUUUAUUGACCAAUGCAGAAAAAAUUGCUACAAUUACCACCACACAUACUCCUCAGCAAAUACCGCAGGAAACCAGCAGGAACAACACCAAACCAAAGCAGGAAUCCCAGUUUGAUUUCAAACAGCCCCAAGCAGCUCAGCAGGACCAAGAUUUUUACACUGUUGAGCUGGAAAGAGGAGCCAAAGGGUUUGGCUUUAGCCUGCGAGGCGGCCGGGAGUAUAAUAUGGAUCUGUACGUGCUGCGACUAGCUGAGGAUGGUCCAGCUGAGAGAUGUGGGAAGAUGAGGAUCGGUGAUGAAAUCCUAGAGAUCAACGGUGAAACUACCAAGAACAUGAAGCAUGCUCGGGCCAUCGAACUGAUUAAAAAUGGUGGCCGCAGGGUCCGCCUGUUUCUGAAACGUGGAGAUGGCUCUGUCCCAGAAUAUGCGAUGAUACCUCCUAAUAUCGCUGCAUGUAUGAGAAAUGACAAGCUCGGGGAGUCUUGCUUCUACCUUAUGGGCCAUAAUCAAACUACGACCCCAGCAGUGACAGGAACAGUCCCGCCACAGGUUCACAAAAUGUAUCGGAAAUGAAACCCGCGCCAUCCGACCGACGGCAGCACCCAUCAUUGGAGUCCAGUUAUCCACCAGACCUUCACAAAUCAUCACAACAUGGGGACAGGCGGACUUACGUUAGAGACCUAAAAGGCAGCAGAGAGGUUAGCAGACAUCCCAAUGAACACCACACUUGGAAUGGGACUUCUAAAACCAACGACACCGUGCCAGGCAGGAGGACGGAGAGGUCGCCGGACAGGAGGCGCGAGAGGCAGCCGGAGAGGGCGGUGGUGAACGGGCAGAAGAGGAGGUCUCCCGAAAAGCGGAGGGAAGGGACAAGGAGUGCUGACAACACCCUGGAGAGGCGGGAGCGGCACGAGAGGAGGAGAGACCUCUCCCCCGAGAGGCGCAGGGAGCGGUCGCCCAGCCGGCGCCGGCGCUCGCUGGAGAGACUCACAGAGCCGAGGAGGUCGCCCGACCGGAGAAGAGAGACCUCCCUCGACCGGCGGGCCAAGUCGUCCGACCGACGGAGGGAGAGGUCGCCCGACAGACGGCUCAGGGAGGAGCGAGCCGGCCACCGGGAGAGGGAAGACCCCGGCUGGAAGCAUGAGGCGAGCCGCCGGCACCUGCCCGAGCAGCGCAGGCGGCCCUACAAGGAGUGCAGCACCGACCUCAGCAUCUGAGGGGUCCCCCGGGGUCCCCGUCGCCUGCCCCACGCCACGGGAGUGGAGGAGAGAGCACGGGAGCUGGAAGGAUCCAGCCUCCGCAAGGCGAGGAGACACCCGGCACCUGCUGGUCCUACAAACCUUUUAUGCAGAUGAAAUCUUAUAACAAACAAACAAAACAAAGUGUUGUGCCUGAUGUAUAAUAUUAAAGAAAGUAUUUUUCAGUGUAUUCUUUUUUUUUUUUUUAAUUACUUGCCAAAUGUUGGUCCUAAAGGAUUAUAAAGUUCUGUUUCUACAUUCUUUGUAGAUUUCUUAAGAAUAAUUCCUUUAUCGGGCUACUUUCCCCCCUCCCCAAUAUAGUAAAUGGGGGUAGCCAGUAAUAUAAUAUAGGUAAAGGAUUUUAUGACCAAGUUUGAAUAAUUUGAUCCAGACUGUUCUCUAGUGACUCACUGCUACACUGUAUGUAGAAAAUUUUUUAAGGGUUGGGGGUGGGGAAGGAAGAAUAUUGUUCAUCUCAGUAGGAAUGGAGCGCUCCUGCUGAAGGAAUUAAAAAAGAAAGAGACAAAAUGUUCCUAAAAUUGCAAGAACUGUUUGAAGAGACUACUGUGUCAAUGAAGGAUAUUUAUAAUAAUAAUAAAUAAUAAAUAAAUAAAAGAACAAAAAAAAAACCCACACAGCACAAGAUGAUUUACGAUAAGGAAUUUCUAGUUUGUUCCAUGAACAGUUUAUACUUUCAGGCCCCCCUCUACAGGAUGCGCAAAGGCAGAAAGACUGGUAACCACCAUGCCUGUGUCACACACUAACGUAGACUGUUGAUCUCUCAUUAGCCUCAGCAACACUUAACGAUAUGUCAUUAAGGCAGCCACCGCAGCCCUACUCAUCUUCUAGAUGUAUAUGGACAGCAACCGGAGCAUGCAUGGUAUUGUUUUGUCUGCUUUGAAGCAAGGGAAGGGAACGGGAUCCUGGGACAAGGCACAAUGCGGUGGGGAGCGGAGUCCUCCCUCGGAGCGGGUGUAUUCCUUCUGCUCAGGCAAAACCAGUGGGCUUUUCUUAUUUUGCCAAAUUCAGAAAAUUCUCCUUUUCGUAGGUAUUUAAGUUUUUAGUUUACUGGUUCAUCCUUACUGAGACAAAAGGAGUGCACUUGCUGGGGAAAAAAAAUAAAAGGAAAAAAAAAAGGGAAAAAAAAUGUAUCAGAUGUAUCAAAGAAAAAACACGGGCAAAAAGAGGUAAUCAGUGGGACAACCUGGUUGUAGAAGCCUAUCCGUACUGGUUAUAUGCUGUAAAUUUGAGUUGAAGAACAGCAGCAAAAGGGAAACCUGCAAGUUUCUAAGUUGUAUUUUCAAAUUUGCAAGUUGUGUGGUAAGUCUGCUGUAGCAUUGGUAUAAGAUUUUAAUGGAUUACUGCCUAGCUGAGCCAAAAUGUUUGCCGUUACUGUUGGACCACUAAAGUAAACUGCUGCUUUUUACAGUGCAUUGGUGUGUACAUGUAUACUGUUUCACAUUUUCCAUAUGAACACAAAAACAUUGCAAGUCUAUCACUGUUGUUGCCAUGGUACUGUAAAAACAAAACCAAGAAAGAAGAUGGCCGAUCAUUGUGUGUACAGUUUAAAUUGUAAUUAAUAGAGCCUGUUGGAAAAAAAAAAAAAAAAAAAGAAAAGAAAAAAAAGAAAAAAAACUGUUGCCUUUUUCUUGUAUAAAAGAGGAUUUAUGACAAAAUUUAGCUGUGAGGAAUGUGAUUAAGUGUUUAUAUUUCUGAAAAUGGAACAAAUUGAUUCAGGGGGAUAUAUUUUAAUGUAAACUGAAUCAGGUAUGUAAAGCUGUUUUAAAAUGGGAGACUAUAUAAGUAAUUCUAAAGCUUUUGAUGGUUUGAAUAUCAUUUCUUUCUUCAUGGUGGGCCUGCUUAUAUAUUAUUAAGCACAUGUAUGCAGUCUCUGUUCUUCAAUCAUCAUUUCUUGCAAUGUGCUAUAGACAUAAUGCUCUUUUCGGUGUUGAUGAAAAGCAGUAUGUGGGCCAAUCUUUUUUAUAAAACACUAUGCAUAUAUAAAUACUACAUUGUUCAUAGCUUUAUUUGACUUAAUUGGGUUUAUACAUAACACUAGGAUGAGUAGAUGUGGACUUACCCAGUACAAGCUUCUUUCCUCGGAACAGACACUAUGUAUAUGAUGUAGCAACAAAGAAGGAGAAAGUCUGUGAAUGCUAUUUUUAUUAUCAAAUAAAGUUUUCCAUACAAAGCAUACAUACGAGUGUAGUGAUAAAGGAGUAGCCACAACGUAAUGUUACUUACUCAUCCCUGUUUAAAUUAGUAAAUUGUAGGUUACAGUUUCCAAAGGUCAUCCAUUGCAUACAUUAAUCAUUUGACAAGCCUUAAAGCAAAGGUUCCCAGUUUUCCAAUAUAAGAUUUUCUUCCCCAGAAUAAUCAGAAGCUGAGUGUUUAGGUGGAGCAGGGUUUGUUAUUAUGCCUGGCUUUUGUGUCACUGUUCAAGAUCAUCACACGCAGCAGUGAACAGUUUGUAUAUCCAUCACAGCACCUGCAAAGGUGGUCUGGUGCAGCCUGAGUCUUUAAGGGUAUGUUUGGGUCAGUGAGAAAGUUUAUGGACAUUGUAGGUUAGAAUCUUUUAUGACGCCCAGUGCUUUUUUACUAUGAAAUUAUAUUGUGAUGGAAUACAUUGCUCCUGACUUUAUAUCUUCUGCUGUUUGUACUGUUUACCCUCUCCAAGAUCACAUAAUAGUAUAGCUUAAAUGAUCUUAGCUGAUUAGGCGAGUCUUAAGCUUUUGAAAUGUUGUUUUUUUUUUUUAAUGUAAAAGAUGAUAUUACAUAAUACUGAAAUUUUAUAUUACAAAACAUUUAAUUUAAAAAAUACUGAAAGAUGAGGGAAAAAAAAUAUGUAGUUGCUCAUAAUGCCUUUUUAGUGGUGGCAUCCUUUCUACUGCUUCCAAACCCACUGAGAAGGAGCCCUGGUCUAAAGCAGGGCAUUGCAGCUCUG